AGGACUGUUUUGACAGCAAAAGGGGCACCAACAGGAACAGGGUUCAGUGGCAACUCUUCCUAGAAGACUUAAGAAGAAGAUUGCAGAAAAACAUCGAAACAACUGAUGUAUACACAGCUCAGAUGAAGAUGACAGUGAACGUGAUAAGCGUGCCGGUUGGUGUCGGUGCUUGCAGGACUUUGCUCGCGGUCGGAUUGACGGUGUUGUGCACGCUCCGGUCAGCUCUGUCUGCCCAUCAUCACCAUCACCAUCACUGUAAUGGCCCGCUGGUCUCAGAUCUUCCUCCCACCUCGUUCCAGAACUCCUCUGCCUCCUCAGAAAGUCACUCGGCAUAUUAUGCUAAGUUAAACAGUAGACACGGUGAUGGAGGCUGGAGCCCAGAGCGCACGGACCGUCUGCGCUGGUUGCAGGUCGACCUGGGUGAAAGAGUGGAGGUCAUAGCCGUGGCCACCCAAGGUUGUUUCGGCAGCUCUGAUUGGGUGACCAGCUAUGCACUGCUGUAUAGUGACACCGGAAGAGACUGGAAACAGUACAGACAUGAAGAUAACGGUGGUAUUUUUACUGGAAACACAGAUGCAGACGGGGUGGUUCACAACAAACUGCCACACAUACUCAGAACACGUUACCUGCGUUUCAUUCCUCGGGAGUGGAGCCUGGAGGGUUGGAUCGGCCUCAGGGUGGAAGUCUAUGGCUGCUCUUAUAAGUCGGACGUGGCUGAUUUUGAUGGAAGGAGCGCCUUGCUCUACCGGUUCAAUCAGAAAUCCAUGAGCACAGUAAAGGACGUGAUCUCUCUGCACUUUAAAAGUUUAAAAGCCGACGGUGUUCUUGUCCACGCCGAGGGUCAGAGAGGGGAUUACAUCACGCUAGAGCUACACAGAGGACGCCUUGCCUUACAUAUCAACCUGGAUGAUGCUAAAUCGAAUUCCAAGAGCAGUCACGUCUCAGUUUCUUUGGGAAGCCUGCUGGACGAUCAGCAUUGGCACUCCGUUUUGAUUGAGCGCUUCAAUAAACAGAUCAACUACACAGUGGAUCGUAUGACGCAUCACGUUCGAGCUGGAGGGCUGGGGGACACGCUGGAGGUCGACUAUGAACUCAGCAUUGGUGGCGUUCCUCUGCCCGGAAAACCAGGUACGUUCCUGCGCAAGAACUUCCAAGGAUGUAUGGAAAACCUCUACUACAAUGGGGUGAACAUCAUUGACCUGGCUAAACGCAAGAAACCGCAGAUCUACAGUGAGGGCAACGUGACCUUCUCCUGCUCCGAGCCUCCGUCCAUCUCGGCCACCUUCCUCAGCUCAACCAGCAGCUUCCUCCAGGUGCCAGCAGAUUUCCCAGCGGUCCAGACGAAUAACGACGAAUCGUCCGCGUGGACCGUCGGAUUUCAGUUCCGUACAUGGAACAGACACGCCAUGCUCGUGUGGAUCGGCCUGCAGGGCACCGAAAAACUGCUCCUGUUGCUCGGCGAUGCCCAGCUGAGGUUCAUACACUACAGAUCAGCGCUACAGAGCUCGGAAAUCACCGUCGGUCGGGGUCUGAGUAACGGCCAGUGGCACUCCAUCUUUGUUGAACUGAGCGGACAUCAAGCUUCCGUCUCCCUGGACAACAAGUUUCCGUCCAGCAUGAUGCUGGGGUAUGAUGUACAGCCUGGGAUCACCUUGCUGAUAGGAGGAUGCCCAGGAUUGCCAUCCAGUCAGGGCUGUCACAACCCCACACUGGCCUAUCAGGGCUGCAUGCGCUCCAUUGUCAUCAACAACCAUCCGAUCGACCUGUACCGCGUGCAGCAAGGGCGUUUCGGUAACUACAGUGAGAUCGAGUUUGACAUUUGUGGAAUCCGAGACAGGUGUUUGCCCAAUUACUGUGAGCAUGGUGGUGAAUGCUCCCAAUCCUGGAACUCAUUUAGCUGUGACUGUUCUGGCACAGGUUACACCGGUGCUACCUGCCAUAACUCCAUAUUCGAAGCAUCAUGUGAAGCUCACAGAUUAACAGGAAGCUCCUCUGGAUUUUUCUCCAUCGACCCAGACGGCAGUGGGCCGCUCACUCAUACCGUCGUCUACUGUAACAUGACCGAGGAGAAGGUGUGGAUGGUAAUAGAUCAUAACAGUUCUCAGCCAGUGAGCGUUCAGGGCACGGGCGUGCACACGCCACAUGUCAUGAAGCUAAAUUAUAGUGCAACACUGCAGCAACUUACAACCCUGCUACACAGGGCGCAACACUGCCAACAGGAAGUGAUGUAUCACUGCAGGAAGUCCCGCCUCUUCAACACCUGGGAUGGCACUCCAUUAUCCUGGUGGGUGGACAGGGCAGGAGAAAAAAGGACAUACUGGGCUGGUUUUCUCCCCGGAGUCCAGCAGUGUUCCUGCAGUUUAGCUGAAAAUUGCAUCGAUAUGAACCAUUUCUGCAACUGUGAUGCAGACAGAAACUCAUGGGAGAACGACACCGGAUUGCUCUCGUAUAAAGAGCAUCUGCCUGUAACUGAGAUUGUGGUGGGAGAUACGGACAGAUCUGGGUCAGAAGCUGUUUACAGAGUCGGACCACUAAAGUGUUUUGGAGACAGGUUUCUGUGGAACGCCGUGUCCUUUUACCAGGAGUUUUCGUACCUACACUUCCCCACUCUACAGUCCAAACUUAGUGUGGAUAUCUCAUUCUACUUCAAAACUACAGCACCCUCAGGAGUAUUCCUGGAGAAUCUUGGAGUCAGAGACUUCAUUAGGGUGGAGCUAAGUGCUCCAUCGGUGGUGACGUUCUCGUUUGAUGUGGGAAAUGGAUCGAUGAUUCUGACUGUCAAGUCCCACAUCCCUCUCAAUGAUAGACAGUGGCAUUAUGUCCGAGCUGAGAGGAAUGUGAAGGAGGCGUCGCUGCAGGUGGACCAGCUGCCCCUACGCUUCCUGGAAGCACCACCGGACAGCCCCACCCACCUGAAGCUCAAUGGACAGCUGUAUGUGGGUGGGACUGCCUCUAGACAGAAGGGAUUUUUGGGAUGCAUCAGGGCAUUAACCGUUAAUGGAAUAACCUUUGAUCUUGAGGAACGGGCCAAAAUGACCCCAGGAGUCAGCGCCGGGUGUCCGGGAUACUGCAGCAGUCAUAACCGACUGUGCUACAACCGAGGCCGGUGUAUUGAGAAGAACAGUGGCUACGUCUGUGAUUGCACACAUUCAGCAUACGGGGGGCCGAACUGCCAGAAAGAGGUGUCGGUAUCUUUCGAGAGUGGUACAUCAGUGACCUACAGUUUCCAGGAGCCGUUUUCCGUGAUGCGCAACACAAGCCGCCAAUCGUCGGCCAUCUACGCUCAAAACAGCAGAUCUCGAGAGAACGUGGCCUUCCGUUUCCUCACUACGAAAUCUCCAGCCAUGCUGAUGACCGUCACGACCUACCAGCAGCAGUACAUGGCCAUAAUCCUCGCCCGAAACGGAAGUUUGCAGAUUUGGUAUAAACUAAACCGGGAAAAGGAGCCGGAUGUUUUUCUUGCCACCCAGCACAGCCUAGCUAACGGCAAUCUUCACCGAAUACAGCUACACAGAGAGGGCAGGGACAUGUACGUCCAGGUUAAUAAGGAUGUGAAUGAGAAGUACAGACUCUCCACAGACAGGGAGCUGAACAUGAUCAGGUCUCUCACAUUGGGUAAAGUCACAGGAGGUCAAGCCGGCGUGGAUGACGAAGUGCUUCAGGCAGGAUCAAGAGGAUUCGUUGGCUGCCUCUCAUCAGUCCAGUUUAAUCACCUCGCCCCUUUAAAAGCAGCCAUACUGAAUCGAGGAAGCUCGUUGGUCAGCGUGCUCGGAAAUCUGGUGGAGUCGAACUGUGGAGAACUGGCUGAUCGAUCACACUCACUGUCAGAGCACAUGGAUGGAGAGAACCGAGGUAAGGAGCAGCUGAAGAACUCGGAGCCGAGUGAAUCAGCAGUGAUCGGGGGGUUGAUAGCAGCACUACUCCUCAUCGUUCUUUGUGCAGUGGCGGCAAUAAUGCGUUUCUUAUUUCGCUGUCGGCGAGAACAUUCCCAUCAGCCCAAGGAGAAGGCACACAAUCCUCAGCCAGAGUUAAGAGACAGCCAGAAGGAGUACUUCAUCUAAACUCUAGCGCUAACCUUUCGAAUCCACAGACUCUUCGCUGAGUGAACGAGGAGGAGGCCAGGGGAGCAGAUAGUGCCCUCUAUUUAUGCUCCAUUCCUCCAUUUCAGGCAGCCUCUGUAGGUAGAUGCUUGGGCUGACUGUGGGAAAUGGGACACAGCCAAAGAGCCACGCAAUAUAGAGUGACGACACUGUUCCGAGGGAUGUUAUUGGACUUACAUACCGUGUCAUACUUUAGAAGACCGUUAACAGAGCGAAGGCUGAACGCAUGAGGACACGAAGUGCACUUGAUUUCCCUUAGUUUGUGUCUUGUGUAAGUAGAAGGCAAGGCUGACUGGGUGGAAAGGAACUAAAGUGGGAUGCAGUAUUUCAUUAGCUUUGAUUUUGGCUUCACCUUAACUCAUCUCACUGAGAAGGAUAGAAGACUGGCCAAACCCUCACGAAUAAUAAGGUCCCCUUGAUCCUCAUUAAACACAUUUAGUCAUGUAACAUUGGGCCAUCUCACUUUCUUUGGGUAAAAUUGUGUCCAGGAUUAACUGUAAAAAAAUAGGCAACAAUUGGAGAUAUAUGACAUAGGCGGAUGGAGAUAUACACCGAUCAGCCAUAACAUUAAAACCACCUCCUUGUUUCUACACUCAUUGUCCAUUUUAUCACCUCCACUUACCAUAUU